AUGGUUAAUACUGAUUUUGAAAGAAUUUACUUGAAUCAAUCAAGAGCUAGUGGUCGUAUGCGUAUAGCUGACUCUGGUCUUGGUUGGAAAGCAAGUAAUAAUUCAGCUACUAAUGGUUCAACAUCAAAUCAACAACCAUUCCUAUUACCAAGAGAAGAAAUCUUAGUGGCAACUUGGUCAAGAGGUUCAAAAGGUUAUGAAUUAAGGAUACAAACCAAAAACAAGGGAGUCAUAAUGUUGGAUGGUUUUCAUGUAGAUGAUUUUGCACAACUAAAACAAGAAUUAACACGAAAUUUUCAUAUAAAUUUAGAACAUAAAGAACAUUCAUUAAGAGGUUGGAAUUGGGGUAAGACUGAUUUAGCAAGAAAUGAAUUAAUUUUUAAUAUAAAUAAUAAACCAUCAUUUGAAUUACCUUAUGAUUCAAUUUCAAAUUCAAAUUUAACUGGUAGAAAUGAAGUUGCAGUUGAAUUUAACCUUGAUCAAGAUAAAAUUGGUGAUGAGGUUGUUGAAAUGAGGUUUUAUGUACCUGGUACAACAAUGGAUUUCGAAACUAAAAUAAUUAAAAAUGAAGAUGGUGAAGAUGAAGAAAUUGUUGAAACAAAUCUUGAAUCUGAACAAAAUGCUGCUCAAGCAUUUUACGAACAAUUAAAAGAGAAAGCAGAUAUUGGGCAAAUUGCAGGUGAAGCUAUUGUUUCAUUCAGUGAUGCAUUAUUUUUAACUCCAAGAGGUCGUUAUGAUAUUGAUAUGUAUUCUAAUUCAUUAAGACUAAGAGGUAAAACUUAUGAUUAUAAAAUUCAAUAUCAACAAAUUGAACGUAUAUUUUCAUUACCAAAACCUGAUGAAGUACAUCAUUUAAUGAUUAUACAAAUAGAUCCACCAUUAAGACAAGGUCAAACAAGAUAUCCAUUUUUAGUAUUACAAUUUGUGAGAGAUGAAGAAACUGAACUAGAAUUAAAUUUAAGUGACGAAGAAUUUGAAUCAAAAUAUAAAAAUAGAUUGAAAAAGACUUAUGAUGCACCAACUCAUAUUGUAAUGGCUCAUUGUCUUCGUGGUUUAACUGAAAAAAGAUUAAUAACUCCUGGUUCAUUCCAAUCAAGGUUUUUACAACCAGGUAUACCAUGUUCUGUAAAAGCGUCUGAAGGUUAUUUAUUCCCAUUAGAAAGAUGCUUUUUGUUUGUAACCAAACCAACAUUAUACAUUCCGUAUAGUGAAAUAAGUAAUAUAACUAUGUCAAGAACAGGAGGAGGUGUAUCAGCUUCGAGAACUUUUGAUUUAGAAGUUAACAUAGUCAAUUCAUCACAAAAACAUAUUUUUGGUAGUAUAGAUAGAGAGGAACAAGAAAAUAUUGAAAGAUUCUGCAAAGAAAAGAAUAUAAGAGUUAAAAAUGAAGAAAAAAUUGCUAAACAAAGAUUAGCAAAAGCAUUAGAACAAGAAGCUGAUAUGGAUGAUGAUGAUGCAGAUGUUGAUAUGGGAAGUGCGGGAGAUGAGGAUGAAGAUGAAGAUGUUGAUUUCAAAUCGGAUUCCGAUUCCGACGUCGCUGAAGAAUUUGAUAGUGAUGCACAAGAUUCAAGUGGAGAUGAAGAAGGCGGAGAAGCUGAUGAUAGACCACCAACUAAAAAGGCAAAAAAAUAA